GCGCGCGGGGGGCGCGGCGCGGCAGCCGCCCCGCACGCGGCGGGCCCCGAGACUGCCCGGGACCCGGCCCCUAGGGCGAGCGGCGGCGGUAUCGGCGGCGGGUGAGAGCUCGGCCCGGGCGGGGAGGUCUCGGAGCCCGCCAGCGGCGGAUGCUGGGAGCCUGCCUUGCGUUGUGGGGCCGGGAACCUGAGGCGCCCGGAAGUUUGUGAUUCAAGUUGCCGGGUUCUUGGAUGCACGCCGCCGACUCAGGGCGAGCGGGGAGGCCGAGCCUGGCUUUGCAACGGCCGGGACCGGGGGUCCCCGGAGGGCUGCACAGCCCGCGAGCCACAGCCUGGUUUCCGGCUACAGUUUCUCUUGACACUUGCCAUCCUUGUUUCCACCCUUCCUGUCCAGGGUGGUCCUCCUAGAAUGGGCAUGUCCAGGACUGUGGAAGAACACUGGCGAGAAAGUGCCUCCAGGUGAACAAAGAUCAGUAACUGCCGGCUUGUGAUGGGUGACAGUUUUUUCUAGUGCUAUGGCAUGGACCAAAAUAAGAAAUAAAUUUCCGUCGCUGAUUGCAAAGUAAAAAAGAAGCAGGCGACAGACUGAGGGCUGCCAGGCGAACGAUGGAAGCCUGCGAAGAUCUAGAAAUGUCCAGGAGUAAAUCUCAGAACCCCAGGGGGAACCAGCGACCCGAACUUGAAGGACCACAGGCCAGCGGUCCUGAGGCCCUGGGGAAAGACUCUGCGGAGAUGUGGCACCAGAAACACCAGCUGCAGGGCAAAUACACGGAGACCAGCCACAGUGAACAGCAAGAUCGAGACAGAGUGUUUGAAGAACUUAUCACGGUGGUCCAAGAAAUGAAAACACACUUCCCGUCGGCGAGACACAGCAAACCAAGCACUCUGGACGCCCUCAACUAUGCCCUUCGCUGUGUGCACAGCGUUCAAGCAAACAGUGAGUUCUUCCAGAGUCUCCGGCAGAACAACGGAGCGCCUCAAGCAGAUGUGACCGUGUACCGUCCGGAGGAGCUGGCCACUAUUGCUUCGGAGCACGCUUCCAAAAACACAGAUACCUUUGUGGCAGUUUUUUCAUUUCUGUCUGGGCGGUUAGUGCACAUUUCCGAACAAGCUCCCUCAGUCCUGAACUGCAGGAAGGAGCUCUUGGAGUCCUCGCCCUUCGCUGAACUGCUUGCGCCUCAGGAUGUGGGCGUGUUCUACUCGCACACCGCCCACGCCCAGCUUCCUUUCUGGAACAACUGGACCCAAAGAGCCUCACCGCAUGACCUCGCGCCCGUGAAGUCCUUUUUCUGCAGGAUCCGUGGAGGCGACGCCGGGAAGCCCGAGCGGCUGUACGGCCCAUUCCGGAUCGUCCCCUAUCUGAUCCACCUGCACAGCCCUGCCCGCCCGGAGCCCGAGCCCUGCUGUCUCCUGCUGGUGGAGAAGGUUCGUUCUGGUUACACAGCUCCUCGAAUCCCAGAGAAUAAAAGGGUUUUUACCACAACACACACCCCAGGGUGCGUUUUUCUUGAAAUAGAUGAAAGAGCAGUGCCUCUGCUGGGUUACCUGCCCCAGGAUCUGAUCGGCACGUCCAUCCUGACGCACCUGCACCCGGAAGAUGCUGCUCUGAUGCUCGCCGUACACCAAAAGGUCUUGAAGCUUGCGGGCCAGCCUCCCUUUGACCACUCACCCAUUAGAUUCUGUUCUCAAAAUGGGGAUUACAUCAUCCUGGAUUCCAGCUGGUCCAGCUUUGUGAACCCCUGGAGCCGGAAGAUUUCUCUCAUCAUCGGUCAGCAUCAAGUUCGAACGAGUCCACUAAAUGAGGAUGUUUUUGCCACCAGAAUAAAAAAGAUGAACAGUAAUGACAAAGACAUAACAGAAUUACAAGAACAAAUUCACAAACUUCUCUUACAGCCAGUCCGCGGGGGGAGCCCGGCCGAUGGCGGCUGCGGGAGCCUGGGAAGCAGCGGAUCACCUGAGCAUCCUGUGAGCCUCGCCUCUUCCAGCGGGUCCAGCGGGCGCUGCGAGGAGGAGCCCAGGGCAGCGUCGACUUUGCAGCAGGUCCACGCCAGUGUAGACAAAGUCAAGACUCCAGGUCAGCAGCUCUACAGCGAGUCAAUGACCAAAUCCCCAAAGAAGCAGGUGACGGGGACCCGCACAGCUGGGCCUGGUGGUGAGCAGGAGGCCUUUUCUUCCUUCCAGACCUUGAAAAAUGAUCGCAUGUGCACCGAGUCGUGUGAGGAUUUGGAAACGGAUCAACACAGCCCAUCCUAUCAGCAGAUUAACUGUAUUGAUAGUGUUAUCAGGUUCCUGAAGAGCCACGACAUGCCAGCUCUGAAGAGAAAGUGCAGGUCCUAUACAAACACAGCGUCCUCCUCCUCGGGAGAAGACGGACCAAACCCCGGAGCAGGCGAGGCCCCGGCGCAGCCAGCAGCUGCUUCUCGGAUCCCAGCCACGCCUGCAUCAGGAGUGCCAGCCACCGGGUGGCCCAUAGACGCCGUGGGAGGGGCUCCAGGGCCCGUGGACACCACGGCUCUGGACCUGGACGUGAGCCAGAGCAGUGACUGCAGCACCAUUGUCCACAUCCUGCCACCAGAGUCAGAAUUGACUGCAGCAGUGGAUGGAACCCCAGCCUGUGAGCCCUGGACCCUUAACAGACACCCGGCUCCACUGCUCCCAGAAGACUUUAAACACAGAGGCCUCACAGAGGCUGUCCCGUCGGCCCACAUGCAGAAGGAAGAGCAGAGUUACGUGGAUAAAUUCCGGGAAAAGGUUCCGUCAUCACCCUACAGCCUCUGUCUUCAGCAGGAAAACGGAGGCAAAACGAAAUAUGCACAUGGGCAAGGAGAUCCUGCUCCCCCUCCGACCCGAUCCGCUGGUUGCAAGAAGGGGAAGCCCAGGCGAAAGAAGCUGCUCUUGCUGUCGGACAGCAAGGGCGCUGAGGACAGCAUCUGUCCCCCGCUCCGCCCAGAGGUCCAGGCUGGACAGCCCUGGUGCCCUGCCUCUGCCUCCUCUCCCCAGGCCUCUGGCCUGUCACUCGCAGCUGCAGUAAUGGUUCCCAGCCCGGCCCCUUACAUGUUUCCAGCUCUUUCCCUCCCAGCCGUGACCUCCGUGGGGGGAGAAGGCGCAGCCUCGGGCCCUGCGCCGCCCGGCCCGCCUGAGCCGCCUGUCCCCCGUGGCUCGUGGUCCUUGCCUGCUCUCCCCUCUGCUUGCUUAGACCCUUUUAUGAACCUUUUCCUGCAUGACCCUCCCGUCUGUGCUCUCUUGUCACCAUCCUUCGCCUCGGAUCCGUUCUUGGGAGCACCAGGCACCUCUGAACUACCUCCCUCGGUCUCAGCACUGGCUGCAGACCUGGAUGCCGCCUCUUCCUUCAUCAGCGAAAGGCCUGGUGAGGAGAAGUGGGGGGCACAGAGUGAAGCGCAUCCCCUCGGUCUCUCAGGGGCCAGCUCCCCGCUACAGCUCAGCCUCCUGCGGGGGGACAGGCCCAGAUCCGGGGAAGCGUCAGGUCCCGUGAGAAGCGAUGUUUGCCUGGAAGCCGAGCGUUGUGUUGGUGGCCCCAGCGGGAAUAAGAACAGCUAUUUUACUGCCAGUGACCUGCCCACAGUAUCACUCCACAAGACGUCGCCACCGGAAACUGGUUCUGCAGCCACAGGUUGUGCUUUUUGUGUCCUUUUUAAAGAAGUACUUGCCUGACUAGAAGUCACUAAGAUGGUCUCCUGCUAUCUCUUGGAAAUUAUAGAGGUUAAGCUUUUAUAGCUUAAGUCGGCGAUCCAUUCUUAGCUCACUUUUACAUAUAGUGUGAGCUCACUUCCUCUCAUGGACACAACUAUUGGCAGAACAAAAAUUACAACUGUUGGCAGAACAUCUCUCAAUGAAAAAGACCAGAACCGACCACAAAAGAUCUUCUACAACUAAAGAUGGGAAGAUGGAACCGCAAGACCGUUGGAGAUGAGGAGCCCCGGAACAGUCAGGGCCCAUGUCCCGGGGCGGGGGGUGACCCACAAACAGAGGCUCUCCCCAAGGAGCAGGGGGCUCUGAGCCCCACAUCGGGCUUCCCAGCCUGAGGGUUCUGCUCCAGGAAGAUCAGCCCCUGGAACACUUGGCGUUGAAGGCCAGCAGUGCUUAUUUUCAGGAGAGCCAGAGGGCUGUGGCAAACAGAGACCCCACUCUUAAAAGGCACCCACAAGGCCUCACACACUCCAGGACCCAGAGCAGAAGCAGUCAUUUGAAAGGAGCCCGGUCAGACCCCCCUGCUGAUCUUGGAGAGUCUCUCAGAGACGCAGGGGGCAGUUAAUUGGAGCUCACCCUCAGGGACAGAGACACCUGUGGUGACCAUCCCGGGGAGCUCGUUCUUCUACCCGGUGGAUGCUGUUGCUGGUAAAGGCCAUUUUGGAAUCCUCCCUUCAGCUUAUUAUCGGUCUCAGGACCCAGCCAGUAGGCACCAGUUCUGGGACACCUCAGGCCAAGCAACUAAGUGGCCAGGGACACAGCCUCACCCACCAGCAGACAGGCUGCCUUAAGACCCCCUGAGGCCACACCUUCCUCUGGACACAGCCUUGCCCACCAGAAGGCCAAGGAUCAGGCCCCACGCACCACUGCGCCAGCAGGAAAUGUGGAACACCCAGGACUGUGCAAACAGAGACUGGAACCCAGCUCCUUCCACCACCAGUAGGCAAACACAAACCCCAUCCCUGCAGCCUGUGGACCUAGCUCACCCAGCGGCAGGCCAGCACAAGCUUCAAGACACACCAGACCCUGCAUCCAGCUGUGUCAGGUACCAGUCCCAUCCACCAGCAGUCUGACAGCAGCUCUGGGACCCCUGAGCUCUGCAGCCAGAACCUGGGACCCAUCUUUGCCCACUGGUGGGCUGACACUGGUACCAGGACCUGGCUUCACCCACUGGUGGGCAGAUAUCAGCCCCAGGAUCUCCUGGACCCUGACUCUGCCUGUGAGCCAGCACUGGCUCUGCCCACCCCUCAGCACCUGCUGGGGUUUUCUAGCCAGGUGCCUUGUGAUUCUGGCAACCUCUGCAAAAGCCAAGGCCUGGCAGCCAACCAGAAGGGGAGCCAGCCAAGCCUACCAGACCACCUGCAGUAGUCAGCCUGCCACAACAGAAGGAUCCCAGCAGCCCCCAGAAGAGGAACCCCUAAAGCAUAUAGCUCUAGUGACCAGAGGGGAGUAGGCCCCUCAGACACAUGGGAUGUCUCCUCCAGAAGGCCACCCCUCCAAGGCCAGGACGUGUAACCAACCUACCAGAAACGUAGAAGUAAAAAACAGCAAGUUAGGCAACAUGAGGUGACAGAGGAACGUGUUCCAAACGAAGAAACAAAAUGAAAUCCCAGAAGAAAAACUAAGUGAAAUGAGAUCGUCUACUCAAGAAAGAGUUCAAGGUGAUUGUAAAGAGGAGCCCAGACCUUGGAAGAAGACUGAGUGAAUGGAGAGAGAAGUUAGAAGCUGUUAAUAGAGAGGGAGUAUGAAGCAGGCCCAAAGAGAGGUGAAGAAGACAGCGAGUGCAGGGAAGGAGCAUGCUGACGGGAUCAUCAGUAGCCUAAGUGACACAGAGGCUCGGACCGGGAGCUGGAAGACACCGGCGACUCUCGCUGAAGGGGACAGAAGAAAAGAAUCAAAGCACGUGAGGCCCACUGGAGAUGCCUCGGGGACAACGUCAAACACACCACCAUUCAUAUCAUAUGGGUUCCAGAAAGAAAAGGGGAGGAAGGUGGCAGAGAACAUGUUAGAAGGUGCAAUCACUGAAAAUAUCCCUGACCUGGGAAAGGAGGCACAUCCCAGUCCAGGAUGCACAGAGAGUGCCAAACAGGAUCAGCCCAGAGAGGACCGAGGCACCCUGCAGUUAAAGUGGCAAAAAUGAAAGCUAAACAGAGAAUAUAAAGUCACAAUGGCCAAGAACUUCAUGGGGGAAGACACUGGACAUACAAGUCCAUGAACCUAAAAGAACACCUGGUUACCUCAAUGCAAAAAGACUUUCUUCUCCAAAACACAUUAUAUCAAAACUGUUAAAAGUCAAUGACAAAGAAUUGUAAAGGCAGCUGAGAGAAAAAAGAUGGUGACCUACAAAGGAACUCCCAUUAGGCUUCCAGCAGAAACUCUCUAGGCCAAGAGAGAGUGGAAUGACAUUGUCAAAAUACUGAGAGACAGAACCUGUCAGCCAAGAAUAUCCAGCAAAGUGACCCUUCAGGUACGAAAGAGAAAUAGAGGCUUUCCCAAACCAAAGCUGGAAAGUUUAUCAUCCUUAGACCUGCCUUAAGAGAAAUGCUCAAAGGAGCUCUUCCAGCUGAAAAAGCAAAAGUACACAAAACUUUGAGUAAGGUAUUGAUAGAGUCAGAAAAUUGCAACUCAGAAUAAGUUUUAAAACACAUUAUUACAGCAUAACAUUUAAAAGGAAGGAAAGCAGUGAAAAAAAGUAUACCUACCUCAGUUUGGUAACAAACUCACAGUGUUAAAAGGGAUAAUUUGAGACAACUAAAAGGGGAAGAGGAAAAGGAUGGAACCUGUGUAGGUAAAUGAGGAUAAGAUGCUGUCAGCAUAAAAAGCACUACUUUAUCUAUAAGAUGUUGUAUAUAAACACAUCUCAUGGUAACCACAGGUAUAAAUCUAGAAACAGGAAAUACGAAAAAGAGGCUCAGUGGAAACAAAUCUGACGAGCACCUAUGAGGAUGCAGGUUCAAUCCUUGGCCUCACUCGGUGGGUUAAGGAUCUGACAUGGCCAUGAGCUGUGGUGUCGGUUGCAGACACGACUCGGAUCUGGCAUUGCUUCGGCUGUGGUGUAAGCCAACAACUAUAACUCCAAUUCGACCACUAGCCAGGGAACCUCUAGGUGUGGCCCUAAAAAGACAAAAAAAAAAAAAUUGUGGAAAACCCCCAAACCAAAAUGUCAGGCAGAAACAUGAGGAAAAAGCAAUAAUGGGGAAAUAGAGCUGCCAGAAAACAAAAGAUUAAAACGCAGUACUAAGUCCUCAUUUGCAAAUAAUCACCCAAGUGUAAAUGAAUGACACUGAUCCAAAGACAGAGUGGCUGGAUGGAUUGCAAAACAAGACCCAACCGUGUGCUUCCUCCAGAAGACUCAUCUUAGCCUGACAGACAAACAUAGACUCAGAAGGAGGGAUGGAAAAUGAUCUUCCAAGUAGAUGUCAGCUGAAAGUGGUAUAACCACACUAUAUCUGACAAAACAGACUUUAAACCAAAAAGGUAGCACAAGACAAACAUGGAGAUUAUGUAACGAUAAAGGGGACAAGUCACCAGGGAGACACAAUUAUUAAUAUAUCUGUACCUAGUGAAGAAGCGCUGAAAUAUAUACAGCAAUUAUUAACAGAUCUGAAAGGAGAAAUUUGCAGCAACACUAUAAUAGCAGGGGACUUUAAAACUCCACUUACGUCAAUGAGUAAAUCAUCCAGACAGUCAUCAAGGGCCUUAAAUGAAACAUUAGAUGGAUCAAUAGACUGUAUAGAACAGUCUGUUUAAAUGCAGCAAAAUACAUGUUUUUCUCAAGUUCACAUAGAACUUUCUCAGAGAUAGAGCAUAUGUUGGGACAUACAAAACAAGUCUCAGUGCAUUUAAGAAGAUGGAAAUCAUAGGAAUUUUUUCUGAUCAUACAAAACCAGAAAUCAGCUGUGAGGGGAAAGCUGGAAAAUGAACAAAUAUGUGGAGACUAAACAACAUGCUGUUGAACAACUCUUGAGUCGAUGAAAAAGUCAAAGGAGAAAUAAAAAUACCUGAAGACAAGUGAAAAUGAAAACAUGACACAUCAAAAUCUGUGGGAUGCAGCAAAAACAACACUAAGAGGAAAGUUUAUAGCAAUCCAGGCCUACCUCAAACAAUAAGAAAAAUAGCAAUCUAAGUUUAUACUUAAAGGAACUAGAAAAAUAAAAAUAAAUGAAGCACACAGUUAGUAGAAAAAAGGACAUAAAAAUCAGAAUGGGAAUGAAUGAAAUAGAGACAAACUUGACAAGCCUAUAGCAAGACUCACUAGGAAAAAAGAAGACAGCUCUGAUACAUAAAACCAGAAGUAAAUGAGAAGACAUAUGAUACCACAGAAAUGCAGAGGAUUAGAAAAUAUUAUGAAAAGCUGUAUGUCAACCAUCUGGACAACCUAGAAGAAACAGAAAAACUCUUAGAACCAUAUAACCUUUCAAGACUGAAUAAUUAAGAAAUAGAAGAUCUAAAUAGACCAAUCACUAGUAAAGAGAAUGAAAGUAAUAAAAAAACUUCCCGAGGAGUUCCGGACACUGGCGUUGCCAUGAGCUGUGGUGUAGAUUGCAGAUGUGGCUCGGAUCCUUUGUUGCCAUGGCUGUGGUGUAGGCUGGCAGCUACGGCUCCAAUUUGACCCCUAGCCUGGGAACCUCCAUAUGCCGCAGGCGUGGCCCUAAAAAACAAACAAACAAACAAACCUUCCCAAAACUUUGAGGACCAACUUCACAGAUGACCAGACAUUCAAAGAAGGUUUAGUAUCUAUACUUUUCAAACUCUUCCAAAAAAUUGAAGGGUGAAACGCUUUCCAACUCAUUUUACAAGGCCAUCGUAACCAUGAUACCAAAACCAGACAAGAGCAACACACACAAAAUACAGACCAGUAUCUCUGAUGAACAUAAAUGCACAAAUCCUCAAAAAGAUAAUAGCAAAUACAUAACAUCAUGAUCAAGUGGGAUUUUAUCCAGGAAUACAAAGAUGGUUCAGCAUCCACACAUCAGUGGUGAAACAAUGUGUUAACGUAAUGGAGAAUUUUUAAAAAUCUAAUCACCUCAGUAAGUGUGGAAAAAGCAUUUGACAAAAUUCAACACCCAUGAUAAAAAUUAUAAAAUGAGUAUAGGCGGAUCAUACCUCAACAUAAUAAAGACCAAGUGUGGUAAACACACAGCUAACAUCACACUCAACUAUGAAACACUGAAAGCUGCCCUUCUAAGAGCAGGAAGAAGACAAGGAUGCCCACUGUUGCCACUCACUGAACAUGGUAUUGGCAGUCCUAGCCAGACUGGUUAGGCAAGAAAGAAUAGAAGGCAUUCAAAAUGGAAAGGAAGAAGUAAAACUAACACUAGUUGCAGAUGACAUGAUUUUAUGUAUAGAAAACCCCGAAGACUCCACCAAAAAACUGUUAGAAAUAAUCAAUGAAUAUGGUAGAUUUGCAGGAUAUAAAAUCAACAUACAAAAAUCUAUUAUCUUUCUAUACACUGAAAAUGAACUAGCAGAAAGAGAAACUAGGAAAAUCUCAUUUAAAGUCACAACAUGAAGAAUAAAAUGCCUAAUAAUAAAUUUAACCAGGGAGGUGAAGAUCUAUACUGAAAAGUGUCAGACAUUGACAAAAUUGAAGACAAAAAUAAAUGAGAAGGUAUUCCAUGUUCAAAGAACUAACAUUGUGAAAAUGUCCAUAUUACCUAAAGCAAUUUACAGAUUCAAUACAAUCCCUAUCAAAAUCUCAAGGAAAUUUUCACAGAAAUAGAAAAGUUAUAAAAUGUAUAUGAAACCGCAAAAGACCUCAAAUAGCCAAAGUAAUCAUGAGAAAAAAGAACAAAGCUGGAGGUAUCACACUGCCUCUGUUCAAACUAUAUUAUAAAAUUACAGUAAUCAAAACAGCAUGGUGUGGGCAGAUAAACAGAUGGCUCAAUGGAACAGAAUUGAGAGCCUAGAAAUAAAUCCACACAUGUAUGGACAGUUAAAUUAUAACAUUGGAGCAGAGAACAUUCAAUGGAGAAAGCACAGUCUCUGCAGCAAAUGAUGGUGGGAAAACUGCACAGCCACAUGCGAAAGAGUGGAACUAGGCCACAUUCUCACAGCAUGCACAAAAAUUUACUCAAAAUGAAUUAAAGACUUGAAGGUAAGACCUGAAGCCAUAAAAAUCUUGAAAGAAAGCAUAGGCAGAACAUUAUCUGGCCUCAGUCUUAGCAGUAUUUUCCCGGAUAUAUCUUCUUGGGCAAGGGCAACAAAAACUUUUACACAGCAAAGAAAACCAUUAACAAAACGAAAAGACAACCUACCAAAUGGGAGAAGAUACCUGCAAGUCAUAAGGGUUUAAUAUCCAAAAUAUUAAAGAACUCAUACAACCCUACAACGAAAAAUCUGAUUUUUAAAAUGGGCAGAGGAGCUGAAUAGACAUUUUCCCAAAGAAAAUGUACAGUUGGCCAACAAGCACAUGAAAAUAUGUUUAAUAUCACUAAUUAUUAGGAACUGCAAAUCAAAACCACAAUAAGAUUAGUACCUCAAACCCGUAAGAAUGGCCGUUAUUAAAAAGACAACAAGCAUUGGUAAAAUACGGAAAAAAGAAAAGUUUCAUACACUGGUGGGAAUGUAAAUUGGUGCUGCCGCUGUAGAAUUCCUUAGAAAAUUGGUAGAACUACUGAAUGAUUCAGCUCUUCACUUCUAGGUAUAUAUCCAAAGAAAAUGAAAACAUGAAUUCAAAAAGAUACGUGAACCCCUAUGUUCAUUACAGUAUUACUUAUAAUAGUCAAGAUAGGUAAACAACCUAAGUGCCCAUCAAUGGAUGGAAAGAUAGAGGGAGUUCCCAUCGUGGCUCAGUGGUUAACACAUCCAACUAGGAACCAUGAGGUUGUGAGUUCGAUCCCUGGCCUCACUCAGUGGGUUAAGGAUCCGGCGUUGCCAUGAGCUGUGGUGUAGGUCACAGAUGCGGCUCGGAUCCCGUGUUGCUGUGGCUCUGGCGUAGGCAGAUGGCCGCAGCUCUGAUUAGAUCCCUAGCCUGGGAACCUCCACAUGCCGAGGGUGCAGCCCAGAAAAGACAAAAAAGAUAAAUACAUUUUUAAAAAUGGAUGAAAAGAUAGAGAUUACACAAUUUAAAAAUAUAUUAUUAUAUAGUGAACACUAUUCAGCCAUUUAAAAAAAGAUGAACUCUUGCCAUUUGCAAUAAGAUGAGAGUAUUGUGCUAGGUGAAGUAAGGCAGAUGGAGGAAGACAAAUAUGGUAUGACUUCACUCACAUGUGAAAUGUAAAAAACAGACCCCCAAAAAUGAAAAAACGAAAAUGAAACACUGUAGACACAGAAGACUGAGUAGUGGUCACCAGAGGGAGGGCAGUUGUUAAAUGGGUCAACUGGAGGGUAAUGGAAGCUAACUGUUUGGUGAUGAGCCUGCUGUAGUGUAUCCAGAAGUAGAAUUAUAAUGUACACGUGAAACUUAAAACCAUUGUUAUCUCAAUUAAGAAAAAGAUUUAACAAUAAGUUGUAGAAUCAAGUUCUUGGUUCCUACAAAAAAGCUUCCGGGGAUUUUAAUUAACACUGUGUUGAAUCAACAGACCGAUUUGGGAGGAACUAUUACCCUAAAAUUAUUGAGUUUUCUAAUCCACAAGUGGGAUAUGUUUCUCUGUUUAUGUAAACCUUUAAUUUUCCUCAGCGAUUUUUUUGUAGUUUUCAGUGUAUGAGUUAUUUAACCUCCUAAAUUUAUCACUAAGGAUUUCAUGGUUUUUAAGCUAUUGUGAAUGGCAUUUUGAAAUGUCGGGUUCCAAUUGUUGGUUGUUAGCAGAUAGAAAGCCAAUCAAAUUUUGUAUUUUGAACUUGUAUUCUGAAAUCUUGCUAAACUCAUUUAUUAGUUGUAGUAACCCUUCUGUAGACUGUGACGGACUCUCUACAUAGAUAGCCUUGUUGUCUGCAAAUAUAGUUUUACUUCUUUUCUGAUCCUUAUGCCUGUACUUGUCUUGCCUUAUUGAACUGACUCAGACUCCCAGUAUAGUAUUGAGUAGAGGUGGUUAGACAGACAUUUUUGCCGUGUUCGUAGUCUUAAGAGGAAAUCUGUCACAGUGUCAUCAUUCAUAUGAUAUUAAAUAUAGGUUUUCUUUAAAUGCUCUUUGUCAGUAAGAUUGAGAAAGUUUCUUUCUGUUGCUUAUUUGCAGAGGUGCUUUUUAUGCAUCUGUUGAAUUUAGAUAAGCAUAAUCAUAUGGUUUUUCUCCCUUGUUCUGUUAAUCUGGUGAAUUACAUUAAUUGAUUUUCAAAUAUUAAAUUAAUUUUGUAUUUGGUCAUGCUGUUUUUCCUUUUCACAUACAACUGGGUUCUGUAUCCUUAUUUUUUAAGAAAUAUUGGUCCAUUGUUUUCUUAUGUGGUCCUUGUCUGGUUUUGAUAUCAGAUGCCGGCCUAAAAAAAAUUAGCUAGGUGCUUUUCCCUCCCCUUCUGUUUUCUGGAAGAGUUUGUGUUGAAUUGAUAAAUCUUCCUUAUUAUGCUUGGUAGAAUUCUCCAGUGAAGCUAUGUCGGUCUGAAGUUUUCUUUGUGAAAGGGUUUUUAAAAACAGAUUUAAUUUUUUUAAUAAACAUGGAUCUACUCUA